AUGGCAGCAAUAGCCCACCCUGGCAGCGCCGCCGUGCCCCUGGAGAUCGAUCAUCGCUUUGCCCAACCGUACAAGCCAGCCCUGAUCACGAAAGGCAGCGCCAGCCUCGCCGCCACCGUCCUGAACUACAAGUACGAGGAUGGCGGCCGCUACCAGUCUUAUAACGACGGCAACCUUCUUCUCCUGGACCCAAACGCCACUUCCAGCGAGACUGCCACGACUCCUGAACGACUCGACAUAUUACACCACAUCUUCAAAGUGCUGACCGGUGGCGAUCUAUGGCGCGCCCCAAUCAGCGGUCCCAAUGCCCGUCUCCCCAAACGUGUCCUCGAUCUGUCCCCGUCCAGCAGCGGUAUCUGGGCCAUGGAAGCCGCUGAUGCGCUACCUGGCGCUACUGUGAUCGCUCAGUCCUCAGAUUCCACGGCCGCCAGCCCGAAGUUCAAGCCCUCGAAUUGCACUUUCCGUACUGGCAACGACCUCGGCACAGAGAAAUUCGACUUCAUCCACGCCCGCGCCCUGUCAUCGACCACCAACAUGAGCUUCCCGACCCUCCUCCGCCACAUCUACGACAACCUCAAUCCAGGCGGCUGGGUCGAGCUGCAGGACUAUGCGCCCAACACGUUCCUCAGCGACGACGACACGCUACGUCUCGUGCCUGCGCUGGUGGCGUGGCAGCGGGAGCUGGCGGAAGCAGGCACGCCAAUGCGCGGCAUUGCUGACGAGUACAAGCGAUUAUUGUCCGAGGUAGGCUUCGUGGAUGUGCAGGAGGAUCGCUACAAGGCACCAAUUGGAACCUGGGCUCGCGGGAAAACCAACAAAGAGCUCGGACUGUCCCUUCUCGCCCACAAUCUCGACGCCGUUGAACCACUGACCACGCAGGUAUACACGCGACACUUGGGGUACUCGCUGCAGCAGACGCAGCGAAUCGUUGAUGGGCUUAAGCGGGAUCUGGUCAAUUCUGACGCCCACAUCUACGUGCCUUUCGUGUUCGUUUACGGGCGGAAGCCACUGAGGUAA